UUAUCCUAUUUAUAUCUUUUGGAGUAGUCAAUUUUAAGUGAUUACAAUCAUCCUAUAAAUCUACUACACAAAACAACGUCAACACAUCUAUAAAUAAAAUAUGGGAAAACUUUCUACUGCCAACCCACGCGCCUACCUCCCCUCACGGGCACAUCCAGAGCACCGCUCUGCGCGCAAGGAGCUCGAAAAGGAGCAUCCGUUCGACUGGACCGGGCCGCUGGUCCUAGGCAUGAUCGGCAUCGGACUAGCCUGGGAUAUCGAGAAGCAGGUCAAGAAGCGCGAAGAGCGCAAGGAGAGGGAAGGGCAAGAAAGCAACGAGAAGGAUGAGCGUCGCCGCCGCAGGAGAGAACAGCAGAUCCGCAACGGCACCUUCGACCCUGACGCCCAGGACAACGAUAGCUAUAGCCAGAGCAGCAGAGAUAGACGGAGCAGCCAUGCCGGUAGGAGUGAUCGAGGGAGCGAUCGAAGCGUGGCGAAAGACACGGUAGACCUCGAAAAGGGGAGAAGAAGUCGCCGCGAUCGUGGUCGGUCGGUGGACCGAAGAGAGGACCCGAGGUAUAUCGAGGACGACCUGUACUACGAACAAUCGAGGUACGAUAGGGGAUAUGAUGACAGUCAAAAAUACCAAGACUACUACGACCACGGCGGAAGAAGUCGUCGCGAUUCGUGGUAGUUGAUACUUGUUAAUACCCAUUCUGAAGAUACGACAUACCCUCGUUACCACUUAUAUCGAAUACGAUCCGCCCCUUUUGCAUUGGGCAUACCUCAUUAGGAACAGUAUAUCAGAUAAGACGGUGCAUAGCAAAAAGCAUGAAAUAGUUUAAGACAUUGGAUUAAGCAGGGAGUACGGCAACAUUUAACAACGGGAGUAUGGCCAUUUAGCAGCGACCCCAAUACUUCUUCAUUGACGGCAACGGUGUUAUCACGGGAUAAUUGUGCUAUUUAUACUCUACGAUCUUAUGAAUAAUGAAUCAAUAUACCAGAUUUAGACUUUAACGGGCAUG